CCAAGAAAUCGUCAGACCGACAGCAGACCUACCGGUUCGCUGCCGACGACGCUUACUGCCAUUUGGUGGUGUUAGCUUGUUGAAACUGGCUGCAACAGCGUUCCUCGGCCAUCAUCUCGAAUCAUCCCACGGACCAAGACCACAACAUCGAGUCGCCGUUCGCGCUCGCUCGAGCCCCAGGUCCGGCCCGCUCUCUACCGCCUGGUCGGUGCUGGCGCAAUCCACCAAAUACAUCUUGCUAUAGUCUACAGAUCCGGUCCAACUUCGAGACUCCAACAUCAUGCCCCCAGGCCGUCCUCCAAAACGGCCAAGCGAAGCCGGUGACGCUCCUCUCGACAAUGGCUCACAACCCAAGAUGAAGCUGCCCCGUCUCGAGCGCAGUACCGAAGACUUUUCAAGUGUUGUCAAGACCAAGCUCUCACAAUACACGCGGACCGGUCAGGCUUGUGACAGGUGCAAGGUCCGAAAAAUCCGCUGCGAUGCCUCCCCUGCGGGCUGCUCCCAUUGCGCGAGCCAAAACAUCGAAUGCGUUGUAACAGACCGUGUAACGGGCCGUACCGAACGUCGAGGCUAUACUCAACAACUCGAAGCCGAAAACAGCACCUUAAAAAACCACAUAAAAAACCUCGAGAGAGUCCUGGCUGACAAUGGAGUCGAGGUCCGGCCGUGGGAAGGGUCAAACGCUAAUAGAAACCCUUACCCUCCUGGUAUCACACUGGAUGCCAUGGGGAAUCCCAUCCACGAUCCCAUGUCCCAGGGCGAAUGGCAGCAACAAGGCUCGGUGUGGGUUAGAAAGAGCAGGCAAGGGUCACAGAGCACACCAGGUCGUUAUACGAGAUGUUCGCUGUUGGAGUCGAGGCCGACAGAGAGUUACCUGGGCGUCACUUUGGAUAGCGAACCCCUGAGUAGCAUAAAGGGAACUACUUUGUCAGUUCUCGGUACUACGAUUGACAUUACUUCCUUCGACGCUCCUGACAUGGAUGAGCCCUCGCCGACUACCCCCAUCGGGUCACCGUUGUACAACAAAUCCGUCAUGGCGUUUUACCAGUCCAUGGUCAGGAUAAACCCGCCAAUGGAACACUGCGACCUCCCUUCGAGACACGACGCUUUUACCUAUGCCGAGUGGUACUUCCUCACCAUCUACCCCUUUAUGCCACUCGUCCACAGGCCCUCGUUUAUGCAGCUUUUGACUCGCAUUUACGAUGAGCCGGGCUUUAAAGCGACAGUACCUGAAAUGGUAAUAGUUCAUUGCCUAUUCGCAACGAUCUACUUCCAGUUUUUUAUUCGAAAUCGCGAGAAGCCAGAGGACCAUGCCCAACUGAAUAACCUUUCCAACAAGCACUAUCAUUGGUGUUUGAGCAAGUUCUUUGAACUUGCCGUUUCUCAGACGGUUACCGCGGUUCAGGCUCUGGCCAUGCUCGCGUCUCACACUCGCAACUUUCCCAAACCGGGAUGUUCCUUCACCAUUGCCAACUUUGCCAUGAUGAAGGCCAUUGAACUCAACUUCCAUCGGAGUAACAAGAUACCGAAUGGGGGCACAACUCUUGAAAACGAGUUGCGCAAAAGGGUGUGGUGGUCUAUCCUGGGUAUUAUCAUCACCCUGAACGGCCGACUUGGUAGGCCAAUGCCCAUCACUUUGGAGGAGUUCGAUAUUGAGUUCCCAAUUGCGAUCAAUGACGAGUACCUCGGAGAAGAUGGCGUCUUGGACCCGUCCAAGAUUGGCCAUUGCUGUUAUCAAAUUGGGCUCGCCGGCUUCAAGGCCGUUCCUCUGUUUAUGGAGAUGUAUUCUAGCAUCUACAGCGUGAGGCGAGAUCCUAAGAAGUACGUCGAUGUGGUUAGGGAACUCUCUCAAGCAAUGGCCAAGCUUAUGAAUGAUCUCCCCGACUGUCUGCGAGUGGAAAAGUGUCAGCCGACGGACCUGGUGUUUGCACUGUAUACCCAGGCCAUCAGUCUUGAGUUCAACCUGUGUCUUAGACAUCCUUCGGUUUGUCUAGAAAAGGACCCGAAGUUCUGCGCUGAGAACACAAGGAUCUGCGAGCAGACAGCUCGGAAGCUAUUAAAGGUGGUAGGGGAGCUGUUGAAACUCAAAUCGCUGGACACCACAUGGUACCAGUUAUCGGUAUAUGUUGCCUCCAUGUUGUCGAUAUUGGUCGCGAACUGGGAGAGGAGGCAUGAAAUAACACAUAUGGAGAUCGCCACUUUGAGGGCAGACAUGGCGUUGGGUCUCGAGAUCAUCGCGGAAAUUGGUCGACUAGUUGGUACUGGGAACCGUCUAGCAACCGAGAUUUCUAGUAUAUAUGAACGAACCAUCGCCUGGAUCGAACGCGACAUGACCCGUAAGGAUGGACUGUCGGUCGAUCAGACCAUAAUCAAACAACAAUCAGCAUCGCCAUUUCAGCAGCCUCUCCUACCAUUCAAGCAACCGCUCAACAGCAAUGGUAUGACGUCCAGUAACUCAGUCACACCCAACGACCACCGCAGCAGCGUCAGCACAAACGGAACCGGGUACUACGACGGCUCAGCAACCCCCUACCAAACGAUGUCUCUCAACGACAACGGCGCCAACAACGGCGUCAACCUAGCUGCGUACGACCCCUCCGGCGGCAGCGCGCAAUACCUAUACGCAACAGCCACCCCAACCUCAUCAACAGCAACCCCCCAAACCGUCACCGCAGCAAUGGACCAAACCUCCGCCGGCACCAACCCCCUAAUAGCCUUCGCCUCCCAAGCUACCCAGCACGUGUCCGCAACAGGUCAACCAGGUACCGGAGCUGAGGACUGGCGACCGCAAGUCCACCCACAAUUCGCCACAGCAGCAGUAACUUCUAGUGUACCAAAUAACAACCCCUGGCAUGACUGGGCGGCAGCCAUGGCUGAUUCUCAAGAGCGGUACAGCGCUAGUGCGCUGCUAACCCUCGGAUCAACCAGGCCGGGCGAUGUAUCUGGGGCAGGAAUGGUCGAUCAUUCGCAUGCGCAUGUCAACGGGGGAGCUGGACAUGGACCGGGAGCUGGAGGACCUGAAGCACUGGGAGUGGCGGUGUCGGCGGCGGCGGCGUCCGCGGUGGUUGGAGGUGGUGGGGGGCAGUGGCCUCUGUUGUUGUUUUCGGAUGUUAUUGGGAAUGGAAAUGGCUCGUAGGGAGGGCCGACUCUAGACGAAAAGGGGGAUGGGGGUGGGAAUGGGGGCGGUUCACAGGGAGGGCCUGGGACUGGGGAAGAGCAGGAUGUGAAACGGCGGAAUAAUAAACUGGAGGUGUUGUGGGAUGAAAGAGAUCUGGAUAUUCGGAUGAGCGAGUGGGUGGAAGCGUGAGUGGGAUACAUAUAGGGGGUGGAAGGAACAUUCGAGAGACGAUGGACUGCUGCUGGAAAUCGCAUU